AUGGAAUUAGAUGGCGAAGGUUUUCUAACUGGAGUACCAAUUGAAGAUGGCGUCGACGGUGUUAAUGGUGUCAAUGGUGUUGUGGAUGUUGUGGGUGUUUGUACCAAAUUAAAUUUAAAUAAUGGAUCAAAAUUAUUGUCAUUGUUUGCUUCCGAUUUAAGACGCAAUUGGUGA